GUAAAAAUAUUAUCAACAUACUAGCUAUGCUGGCGUUCGGGGAUAAGUAUACGGUUUAAUGAUGAGCUCAAAUACGUAAGUGCAUAUCGCCUUCGGUCAACUGCUAGAACUGAUAUUGGUAUUAUCAGUGAGAGGUACCUAUCUUCAAGUAUUCUAUCUGUUUAAACUGCGGGAAAAUCAGCGGUAGAAAAAAAUCUCUAUCAAGGUUGCAAGCCCAUGCUCUACCCGGAUGGGUGAAAUUGAGGUAGACACUUAGGAGAUAGGUACCCAAUAUUUAUCAGUUGAAGAGAUCGAGCGUGCACCAAACAACCUAGUUACCUAGCAACUCACGACUCAUUCAGAAAGAGCUCUUUUGCAACCUCCCUUCUUACCUCCACUCAGGCAUUUAGUCUCCGUCAUCAACAUACCUAAAAGACGGAUGGCAACAGCUGUUACUCCGGGAGUAGCGAUGUCUUCCCUCCUACUUGUUCCUGCUACACACACUUCUAUUUUGAUUAUAAAAUCCUAGAUAGUCUCCUCUCUACCUUUUCCUUGGCCUGUGGCUAUAAAGUUUGAAGAGAUGGGACGCGUUAAGAAGGCUAAGAAUAAGUCCAAAGGCAGGCUUCAAGACAAGCCCAAAGGAAAGCCUAAGGGGAAGCCUAAGGUUAAAUUGCAGGUUAAACCUGCAGUAGAAGACCAGGCAACACCUACAAAUAAGCCCGAAGACAAGCCAACACCUCCGAAAACGCCGUCACCACAAGAAACUCGCAGCAAGAGGACCCCUUACAAGGGAGUUCUUCUUCCCCAUCCAGGGGAGUUAAGGUUUGCGCCGCCGCCGCCGCCGCCAUCGCCACCCGCGACAAGUCCUUUGGCAGCGGAACCAUCAGAGCUUGGUGGAAGGCCAGAGGAUACUCCGUUACACCGAUAUCAACAAAGACACCGAAAGCGAGGAGGUAUCGAGCAGUCCAUAAUGAUCCGAAGGAGACUUGAAGACGAGAUGAGAAAGAGGCAAGAAGAAGAAAGACAGGAGGAGGAAGAGGAAAACCGAAUAAGAACCGCUCGAGUCGCCCGGGCCGCUAUUCUUCCUCUCCCGGGACCUCGAAUUUGCCGAUUCUGUGGUGUCACUUUUGAUCCCAGAGCCAACAACGCCUGUCCUAACCACCAAAGUAAGAAGAUCGUAACUAUGUCGUUUGUUUAUUUAUUGAGCAUCAGCUAACGUAAUAUAUGCUUAGUUCACUAUGGAGAACUGCAGUACGCAUUCACAUCAACUAAGAACCGGUGGACGAUGGAAGAAGAUAUUCAAGUAAAAGAAAAAUGGACGUGUUGUCAUAAAGAGAGCCAGGAUAGCCCGGGAUGUGCAUAGGGAGUACAUCAGGCCUAGAACUUGAGCUUGGGCAAAGUCAGGUACAAUACCU